AUGGUUUCUAAAGGCUUGGUCUUGAUGCCUGGAUCUGAUUCAAAGGUUGAAAUCAAUGCCCACAAUUCAAAAUCUUUGAAAAGAAGAGAAUCUAGUCAGCCAUCGCUCGUUAGUGGAGAAGGGGUAUCUCAAGUUACUGAGGUACCAGUAACCCUCAAUUUUGAUGGUUCUCAAGUUGAAAGGACUAAUGGCGACAAGUUAUUGGCAGUGGUCCAGCCUCUCUCUGGGCCUCUUGAUCUUAACACUGAAGUUUGCUUUGCUAAGAAUGAAUCCUCUGAUAACAAUCCGAAAUGUGAAGAAAAGUUUGACAAACUGUGUUCACAAGAGAGUAAUUGUGCGACCUCGAAAGGCAUUGGCUUGGAUCUGAAUGCGGAAGAUGUUUCUAGCUCGAUAAACUGUGAAUCAGUUCCUCACAAACAUGUCAACAAUUUGAAGCCAAAGGAUGUUUCUGAGUGUGGAAGUUCUAUUGGUCCAGUGGAGGAGAAAGACUCAUUAAGAGUUUGGAAUGAGAUGAAGCAAAAUGGUUUUCUUUCAUCUUCUCAUGGAGGCAUAUCUAUGCAAAAUGGUUUACUGUCAUCUUCUCAUAGCGGAAUACCAGUGCCUAAGCAACGUGGGAGGAAAAGUAAGAAUGAUGUGCUUAAGAAGAAGAUGGAGCUUGCAAAGAGAGAACAGGUGGACAGGUUUACAAAAAUUGCUGCUCCAAGUGGACUGCUCAAUGGAUUGAACCCUGGGAUUAUAAAUCAUGUUAGAAAUAGAAAACAGGUACAUUCCAUAAUAGAGGCCUUAGUGAAGUCUGAAAAACUUGAAAAUGUGCAUUCAGAAAGCAAAAGUGGAACUAAAGAAGAUGAUGGUAAGAAGGAUCAUGGAAAUAUUGAUGACUCAGCAUUACAUCGACUCAGUUGUUACCAUGAAGAUGGGCCUCCAAAUACUAAAUCUAUGAGCAAGAAAGCACGAGGUUAUCUAGUGCCAAUGCAUAAGCCAUUUUCCUCAAUUUCAGAGGAAAGAAGUGGAGAUGGUGACUCAAGCAUGGUAGACACAGUCAGUGAGGAUGAUGCACUAGCACUGAAGUUGUCAUCAUCAACUAAGGCAUCUGAGAAUGCUAGCUCUUUCUCUAAUGAGGAGUCAGCAAACAUUACCAGCGCUUCUUCUCUUUCUGUAAAAGCUGCCAGCGUUGCAUCUCAAUGGUUAGAACUUCUUCAGCAAGAUAUUAAAGGACGUCUUUCAGCAUUGCGACGUAGUAAGAAGAGAGUGCGAGCUGUAAUUACAAUAGAACUCCCUUUUCAAAUAUCCAAAGAAUUCUUCACUAACCAAGGGAGGGAGCCUAAUCUCAUAACAACUUCUGCUGAUGGAUUUUCCACUGAUGCUGCCGCUGAGAUGCAUAGAGCAAGAUGGAGUGCACUGUUUGAUCAGAUGGAUAAAGCUCUUUCUGAAGAAGAGAAACAGCUAGAAAGUUGGUUGAACCAAGUAAAAGGUAUGCAACUGCAUUGUGAUCAGGGCUUGCAACAUAUGCAUUGGAACUUGCUUUACAGUUUACCACAACCAGGAGCAUCAGAAAAUAAUAUCAGAUCAGGGACGGGGGAUAGCUAUGAGAGGGAAUUGGCUGUCAGGGCAGCUGCGGCUUCAAUAUACUCAACCUGCGAUUUUCUGUUGUCAAAGGAGAAUGUACCCUGUUCUCUCAUCUGAUUAACUAUGGCUUCCUAAUUUCAAUUGAAUUUUCUUUCUUAAUGCUAGCGUAGAAACAUCAAUGUGCAUCAUGCAAAACUAGUUAGGUUGAUAAAGGCCUUGCUGGGUUGUGAAUUCCUAACACCAGAAGUGAGGUCAUUUUUUCUUCUUUUUUUUUUUUUUGCAAUCCUUUAUAAUCAUAGGGGCAGAAUUUGUUGUUAGAAACGCAAUUGUUGCACUGUGAGGUUCUUUUUGAAACAAAAAUGAAAAUUUGUUCAAACUUUUUGUGCCAUUUUCAUUGAAAUGUUAUGCAUUUCCAUUGGUGAAGUAAUAUGAGGAGAGUGCU